UCGAUGGUUCCAUCGAUUUUUUUGCAGCUCUAUGUUGUUGUUGUUUUUGGCGGCGUAAUGAGCAGAUUUGUUUGUAAACUUUUGCGGAGUGUAAACCAAACAAAUUUCGGCUGCAGGCACUUUUCCUCGUCAUCUAUAAGGAAUGUGGAAAGUGGAUCCCUAGAUGGGACUCCUGCCCGCACAGUUCUGGUGGAGAAGGACUCGCACAUAACUCUGAUAGGCAUAAAUCGCGAGCAGCAGCGCAAUUCCAUAGAUGCCAACACCGCGGAGCAACUAACCCAGGCGAUCAGUCAAUUUGAGGAGGAUGAUUCCUCCCCAGUGGGUGUGCUCUAUGGGAUAGGCGGCUCCUUCUCCGCCGGCUAUGACUUGGAGGAGCUGGAGGCGGAGGCCCAGCGCGGGAGCCUCAACUUUCUGUUGCGUCACGAGGGCUCCGUGGGACCGACGAGGCGGCAUCUCCGCAAGCCUAUCGUUUGCGGCAUCAGCGGCUUCUGUGUGGCCGGCGGAGUGGAACUGGCUCUCAUGUGUGACCUUCGGGUCAUGGAGGACACUGCCGUGAUGGGAUUUUUCAAUCGCCGCCUUGGAGUUCCUCUCAGCGAUGGCGGAACCGUGCGUCUGGCCGCUGCAGUGGGUUACUCUAAUGCCCUGGACAUCAUUGAAACAGGGAGACGCAUCUACGCCGGGGAAGCCAGGCGAAUGGGUCUCGUAAAUCGCGUGGUGGCCACGGGCACAGCUUUGGGCCAAGCGGUGAACCUCGCCUUCUCCAUAGCCAAGUUUCCCAUGGCCUCCUUGAUGCACGAUCGGAAUGCCCUGCUGGAGAAUGCCAAUGCCUACAACAAACCCGGUUUCCAUGUGGCCAGCUACAUUGAGAUCAUGAAUGUCACCUCGGACAUGAUAACAGAUAUGCAGGAGGGCGUCAAGCGCUUCAAGAACUCUGAGUUAAAAGGCCCCAAAACGGAUUCCUGGCACAUCAAGGAGAAAACGAUUCCGGAAUGGGAAAAAGCUGAGAUUGAGAUCGAAAAACAAAAGACAUGAUAUAGAUUCUCCUGCUGGGCCUUCUGGAAGGUCUCCAGAUCGCGAUACUGCUUGCCAUUGCCCGCGUUGUUGCUCUCCUCACCGGAUCCAUUGGUCUGGUUG